AUGGGUUUACAUCCACGAGAUUGUCUAACUCAUUAUCAUUUGAUCGGUUUAACGGGCGUUGUUGCUGUCUCACUUAUUUUAGUUAUUGUCGGUGGUUCACUCGCAGCGUGGUGUAUCCGUUAUGGUGAAACAUUUGAAUGUCAUUCAUUGCUACAUUCUGAACGUGCUUAUUCCUGUCUUUUUAAAUUGAUGCCAACAGGAGUUAUAUUUAGUUUGAUUAUUUCAUUAUUCAUGUUCAUUAUUCUAAUUAUCGGUCGCGUAUAUGCUGAAUAUACUGGCAUUGCAAAAAAGGAAUAUCAACUUGUUGCUCGACUUGUUAACAUUUUUGCAUUAUCAUUAGCUAUCGUUCUAGUUAUGAUUGUACUUCUUCAAUGGUAUCAUCCAUCGACAAAUUCAUCGGCAAAAAUUUUAAUUGCUAUGGUACCAAUAUCAGAGCCAGCGAAUAAUUCAACGAAACCAAAAAAGGAAGAAAAUAUUGUUUUUCAACUGAUUUCAUCCGAUCAUCCUUUAUAUUUAAAAGCAGUUGCUGCAAAACGUCGAUCAAUCACUAGCUACCAUGAAAAUCUUAAUCAUGGGCCCAAUAUAUUUUUUGCAGCAGCUAUUCUUCUGUUUAUCACCUUACUUAUUUUUGUUCUUGCACAUCGAGUAUAA